CCAUACCGUGUUGGAUACUAUCACAUGGAAAAGACGAUAGGGAAAGGGAAUUUCGCCGUUGUUAAGUUAGCCACCCAUAUCACCACAAAGAGCAAAGUAGCAAUAAAGAUAAUACAGAAAACUAGAUUGGAUGACGAAUGCGUGCGGAAGAUUCUACAAGAGAUUAACAUCAUGAAGAUGCUGAAGCACCCGCACAUCAUCAGACUCUACCAGGUAAUGCAAACAGAGAAGCUCAUUUAUUUAGUGACAGAGUAUGCCAGUGGUGGAGAAAUAUUUGACCACAUUGUGGCACACGGACGCAUGAAUGAGAAGGAGGCGCGGAAAAAGUUCAAACAGAUCGUGUCUGCUGUCUCAUACUGCCACAAGAUGAAUGUGGUCCAUCGCGACCUGAAGGCUGAAAACCUCCUUCUAGAUAGCGGUCUCAAUGUAAAAGUCGCCGAUUUUGGCUUCAGUAACAUCUCCAAACCGGGAGAGUUACUGAGGACCCACUGUGGCAGUCCCCCAUACGCGGCCCCAGAACUUUUUGAAGGGAAGGAGUACGAUGGACCCAAAGUUGAUAUUUGGAGUCUGGGUAUUGUGUUAUAUGUACUGGUUGUCGGUAGUCUACCAUUUGACGGAAAGACACUCCAAGAGUUGAGAAGCAGCAUUUUGGCGGGAAAGUUUCGGGUGCCAUUUUUUAUGUCAACAGAAUGUGAAAAAUUAAUUCGCCGUCUACUAUGCACUGACGUAAGCAAGAGGAUAUCAAUGAAGGAUAUAAUAUCCCACGAAUGGAUGAAGUUG